CACAAGACAAGGAUCACUAAACAUACACCAAGUGGAUAAUUGCCCAGGUGAAAGAGAUAAUGAGCUGCAGACGCUACUUUUGGCCUCCUGCUCGGUGUGUUUGUGGUCUGCGGCCUGGCUCUGCUGGGCCUCCUUACAUUCAUCUCCUGGAAGCUGUGCCUCGAGCCUUGGCGGACUAAGGCCCACUUCCCCAGCCCAUCCCUCACCCCCGACUGUGGCCCAGAACAGUGCCCGCUGCAGCCGCCUACCCCGCUGCCCAGUCCCAGUCCGCAGCCACCGGUCACCAUGGCGACAGAGAAGGUGAAAGACCCCAUGGGCUCAAUGGGUUUCCUGGAGGCGGCGGUGAAGAUAAGCCAUACAUCCCCUGACAUCCCCACUGAUGUGCAGCUCUCCAUGAGGGAGCACUUCCUGCGACGCACGCAACGCAUGCAGAGGCAAACCACUGAGCCAGCUUCCUCCACCCGGCACAAUUCUUUCAAAAGACACCUCCCCAGGCAGAUGCAAGUUGGCAGCCUCGACCUGGGAAAUGACUACAUGUUGGACAAAGAUGAAACAUCAACCAGCAUCGGCCGCAUCCAGCCAGAGCUCUACCAACAGAAGACUUUGGAUUCGGAGGAUUCGUCCAAGAACGGCAGCAGCAAACACUGCGGCUCCAUCAACUUCUCCCUCAAGUACGACUAUGAGAACGAAGCCCUCCUGGUGAACAUCCUCAAGGCCGUUGACCUACCUGCCAAGGACUUGUGUGGCACAUCUGACCCCUACGUGAAGGUCUACCUUCUCCCCGACCGCAAGAAGUUUCAGACACGAGUCCACCGGAAGACGCUCAACCCUACGUUCAGUGAGACCUUCCAGUUUCCCGUGCCUUACGAGGAGCUGGCGAUCAGGAAGCUGCAUAUGAGCGUCUUUGACUUUGAUCGGUUUUCACGGCACGAUAUGAUCGGGGAGGUGGUGCUGGAGAACUUGUUUGAGACAUCGGACCUCUCCAGGGAGACGAACAUAUGGAGGGAAAUCCAAUACGCCACCAGUGAGAGUGUCGACCUCGGGGAGAUCAUGUUCUCACUUUGCUACCUGCCCACCGCAGGCAGACUCACACUUACUGUCAUCAAGUGCAGGAACCUGAAAGCCAUGGACAUCACUGGAUACUCAGAUCCGUACGUCAAAGUGUCGCUGAUCUGUGACGGGAGACGUUUGAAAAAGAAGAAGACGAGCAUAAAGAAGAACACUCUGAAUCCAACCUACAACGAGGCCAUCAUCUUUGACAUCCCGCCAGACAGCAUGGACCACGUCAGCCUGCACAUCUCAGUCAUGGACUAUGAUCUGGUAGGUCACAAUGAGAUCAUCGGUGUGAUGAGGCUUGGGUGUCACGCUGAAGGACUUGGAAGGGACCAUUGGAACGAGAUGCUGGCUUAUCCAAGGAAGCCCAUUGCACACUGGCACCCCCUGCUGGAGUCCAAGAAGUCAGAGAAGGAGUGGAAGGCGAGGACAGCAAGCUUUGACAGCCAAGGCUCCUGCCCCUCACCCCGGCCCCCUGCUAGUCCCUGAGCAGAGCCACCUGUGACCCGGCAGCCCAGAAGGGGGUUUCCUCCCUCCUGCUGAUCCACGUCCUGUCUGUCUGAUUGAGGAGAAACACAACCCCACUGUCUCUCCCUCUCACUCUCUCUCUCUCUGUGUCCCUCCCUUCCUCAGUCCCAGAGCACUCCCAAGAACUGAUCUAGGACCAGUCAGUCAGUUAGAUGUGUGAGGUGCAGUCUUUUUGGGGUUAAAGUUUAGGGUCACUGAAUUGAAAAUGUGGGUGUUGUGAUGACCAAGAGCUGCACUCUGACAGACGUUUGAUAUUGGGCUGUCCGAGCUGAGACGGAUCUCUGCGUCCUCAAAGGAGACUCUGAGGAAGAAGUGAAGAUUCAGCUUUGUGCUGCAGAGACUCUUUGAUGGAAAAAACUCACUCGGAUCUCGCUCCCUGAGAGCAGCUGAAGUUUAAAAGAGGAAAGCAGAGGACACGGUAGAAAAAGAGACGAUCAAAAAACAGGAUGUGAAGCAAUUUCCACACUCUACAGCUCUCUCUCACUGAAUUUCAAAGUGCUGUGUCAGCACAAGAGCGGAUCUAAACUGUAGCAUUUUUGAACUAUUAGAUAUUAAAUCUCUCCAUUAGUUGUUAUUGUUUGUGAAUAGCAAAAUUGAAAUGAAUUUCAGCUCCAGCUGAGUUCACUGUACUUCCAGUUUCAUCAAUUACAUAAGCAAUUAUCUGAUGAGGAGGGUUCAGGACAGGGUGAAUGGAAUACUUGGAUAUUUGCAGACUUAGUGUGUUUUCAGGAAAGUGGAAGAAACAACAGGAUUAUCGGUAAUCACACCGGAGCAAAUUGGCUGCAGUGUCGUAUCUGAUUUCAGCUGCGAAACUAAACAAUGCUUUCCAUCUUCGAUGAUUUUCUCCACCAGAAGCAGAAGGUUCUGUUUACUCAGAGAGGCAAAAAAUUGCUUUUUAAACACAACAAGUAACUAAAAAUCAAACCUUGGACAGAAAACAUUUCAAAACUGUAAUUUCAGCAGAUUAAAGCGGGUGUUAAGGGAGCUCUGAGGGUUUCAGUAAACUUUGAAAUAGCGAGCACACUUUACACACCCUUACCUCUUUGUCUGUUUGAUGUUUGCUUUUGAGAAAUGUCACCCUUUGCUUCCUAUUCAAACACACUAAUACUCUUGUUUUCCUUCAGACUGAAGCCCUUCUUCGUCUCCUCUUGUUGUUUUUUCGCUGAACAGCUUUCGGUGGAUGUGUAUAGUUUCAUGUACAGCCGGUUACUGUGUGUAUGUUUUUUUUUAAUUUCUAAACAGAAAAUCUGAAAAGAAUUAAUGAUAGAUAUAGAUAAAAAAAAAACAACAUAAAAGACAUUUUGAAUAUACGUAGCUUUGUUGGUGGUGUUGAUUGAGAAAAAUCCAAACACUAAAAAGGUGAAGAUUUUUGUCUUUUGAGUGUAGAAACCUGCAGCUUUUUGAUGUUUAUCCAGUCAUCCGUCAUGCUGUUGUACAGAGAUCACGUGUGUCUGAGUUGCCAUCCAGAUGCUUGAUCUACGAUGAGGAACAUACUUUAUGUUGAAGAUGUAGUUGAGACAAAGACUGCAGCGCUGCUGUUAUGCUACUUCUCUUUGCACAGGUUCCCCUCCUCUUUUUAUUUAAUGGAUCUCUGCAUUUUAUUUUAUUCCCUUUCUCUGCAAUAAGAUAAGUUUUAGAUGCACAAAAUUCAACCUGGCACUGUCCAAUAGCUGUUCUGUUGUCACGCUAACAGCCACGCUUGCUUUUAUCUUUUCAAUGCUGUUGUCGCAGAAUCACCAAUUAGUUUCAUUUGUCAGGAAGACCAUCCUCGUUAUCUCAAGACAUCGAGAUAAUCAACACGCGAUCAUGAGAAAACAGAAGGUCAUUUCCUCUGGUUACUUAAAUUGCUAAUCAGAGGAGUGGAGAGCCAUGACAGCAUGCAUGCAUGGGAGCUGGACAAUUACAGCGUCCAACCUGAGAUUAAAUCAGGUCAGAUUAAAGUAACUAGUUCUCUAUUAUCAUCCUGUCAUCUUGAGAUAAUAUGUUGUCUUUACUUUAGAAAGUUCUUCUUAUAUUCUUAAGAAACUUGGCAUUUGUUUUCUUGAUGUAACAAAACACAUCAACCCAUUAGAGCUUUUUAAAAUCUAGACAUAAUAAAACAAUUGGCUCCUGCUCUCAGGAUAACAGUAUUCAGAAAAUAAAUGCAAGCGCUGCCGCAUUUUGGCUUCUGUGGCUUUGUGACGAGUAAAAAACAUGAUCAUUUGGUUUCUGUUUCCUCUGUCCUCCUGUUUACCUCCCCUAGUGGGACUCUUGUUUUGUUUUAAUACACGACUUUAUGAGCUUUGAGAUGCAUGUGCUCAGAGGGGUAGAGGAAAAAGAAUGAAAGCUUAUGAGAAAGUCAGUUUUUAUCAUGCAAUGCACCAAAACAGAAGAAAUGUGUGGAAACAUGCAGCUCAUAACUUGCUAUUAGCAUUUAACCUGGGAGAGACCUCUAAUUUCAAGGGGGGCAUGGUGUGGUGGGAAAAACUAGAGAGGUAAAAACAUCAUUUUCAAACAAAAUGAAGCACAAAUAUCUCAAAUUGUGAAAGAGUAAACUGGAAAUUUGGGUUUGUGUUAGCAGUGACAUCAUUGCUUCUGUCUGCAAUGUUAGAGCCUUUCUGUUGUAGCUUGAUGAAGUGUGUUAAACAGCUUUGGAAAUGCAAGGAUGAUUCAAGAACAGCAGUUAUACACACACUACUGAGGUGCAGGGCAAAUAAAAACCAGCAUCAGGACAAGGGAGAUAAGCCUGCACACACGGCCCCAAUGCCAUAAAAAGACCAAUCAGGUCCUCGUCAGGGAAAGUUUGGUGAUCGUCACCAGAUAAGGACAAAAACAUUUAAUGGAAUAAACUUUUAGUGAGGAUUAAUAUUAUUAUUAAGGCUGUUUCUGGCCUUUAUUGGGAGGAUAGGGCAGUAAAUAUUGUGGAAUAUAAACUGUGAAGAUAGAUUUUUGGAAAGGCAUGCAGCUAAGUGCUGCCAGUACUCCAAAUACUUAACUUUUUUGGCAAUGAGUAAGAUAGCUGGGAUGAUUACCACCUUUCAACAGAAAUUAUACUGGUUUUCUAUCCAUUGCUUUGUUUCCACAUGAAAAAUACUCAUACAGAAGCUAUUUGGCGACGUGUUUUAUACAAACAUUACUUCAAUUCUUUAAAAUUCCAUGCAUUGCGUACAUCAAAGUUCAAUUUUGCCUGUAAGUGAUAGCUUUAACUAUCCUUACCUUUAUCAAAGAUUACCUGGCUCUUCUUUUUAUACCACAAUGAUGUCAACAAGCCAUCAAAAGUCACCUGACUUUCCUGAUCUUACACAUCCAGAACUCAAAAAAUGCAGCAGGAUCAGGUAAAACUCUGGUCAGAUGAGUUUGGUUGUGUGCUGUUUGGAUAAAUCUGCUCUCCAUAUAAGUCAAUGGUCAGAGAGUGUCUAUUGCCUGCAGGCUGAAUUAGAUUUUCUUGUAUGUGAUGCAUACAAAUUUUAAUGUAGAGCAAAAUUAUGUAAGACUACUCGUGAGACUUUUUCUUCUACCCCUCUGCAGCACACGCCCCCUCAGUUCUUUGCAGACUCCAAUCACAGCUUUUCAAAUAUUGGAGAUAUAAGAGGAUCCAUAAGACUUUGUGAUGAGAAUAAAACAUGUAACUUGGUUUCUAUUCACAUUAUUUUCCUCCAGUUUCAGGCCGACUCCCCAGCUGCAAUAUUUUUUUCAUCGUGUCAAGCACAGAUAGCAUCAGAACAUUUCAGGCCAGGAAAUGUUCAACUUGAGCCAGAAUGAUAUCAGGGAUGGAAAGUGCCAAGAGACAGUCAGGGGUUGAAUUUGCUGAUGCUUGUACAGAUAAUUUCUUUUCGAUAUGAGGCCCAUUUAUUGAACAGCAUUCGCAUUAUCUCGACAGCAGCCCACAGCAGCUUUAAUCUGAUGUGUAAUAAUGUUCUUGGCUGAGGCUUUGACAGGUCUAGACUGCCGGGACACGAGACAAGAAAUACGACGGUCCUCAGCUGCAGACGACUGUACGAGCUGUAUGUCACGGAGUUUGUGAAAAGGGAGACACGAGCAGAUGCAUCCAGCAGACCUGCUUGGAUCUGUUUUCGCAAUUUCCUCCAUGGGAAAGCUGAGUACCUGUGUGUGUUUGUGAGAUCUGAGACGACAGCGCGGGGGCAGCUGAUAGGUGGACAGGUCAGCAUCUACGGAGCAGUGGCAUUUCUCUAAUUGGCGCUUGUUCCAGCGAGAACGAGUCAGUGCGUUAUUGUUUGUGCUUGGCGUAAUCCAUCAUAGCAUCAACCCCCCUCCUCACAAACGUGGCACUUUGACAUUUGCUCUCGUUCACACAGUUGUUGUGAUGGUAAGAAUCUAUACUCUGUGACUAUCAUAGCUUUUUAAUGUUAUUUUGGUGUAAAUUUUGAAAAGUGGUUGAUAAAUGAUACAGUUUCUCCUCCUUUUUUUGAAAUCACGUGCUUUAUGAUGCUCAUAUAUUUCUCUGACAACGUGCUGUGUUUUUUUUCCUCGUAGAUGAAACCUGUUGAAUCCAUUGCCUCAGUUUAUGGACUGUUUCAAACCCUCCUAGCUUCGCCUAAUAUUGUAACGUUUCUUGAUAUGAUCUUGUAUCCCUUCCAACUGUUAUGAUAGCACUGAAUUUCCAGUUUUUUAUUGAACAUUUUGUAUUUGUAAUAAUAGAAAUGUUUGAAAAAAAAAUGUCCUGGUGAUCGAUAUCAACAGUUGUUAGUUCAAAUUAAAGUCUAUUAUGAGUUCAUUUUAGAUGAUACGACGACUCACAGUAAAGAGUGACCCAGUGUGUAAUAAAGUAAACUCACAAAUUGUCUUUUUCUUUUCUUUCCACCAGUCUGAAAAUCAACAGCAGAAAAGAGAGUGGUGUUUUGUUUUUUUCCUCCCAUGAGAUGUGAUGUCUUAUCAGUUCUGUGACAUGAUUUUCUUUUCUUUGAUUAAAAGAUUUAUGCAAAG